CCCAUUCUUCAUUUUCUGGUGAAGAAUGAUUCAUACGAGAAAAGAGGGUUGUCCACAAGUACUGUCACCUCCUCUAUACUUAUCGUUUUUGAUCGUCAGUGGCUUAUGUAUAUUUACAGCGGUAACCUGUGUACAAGUGGAUAUGGGAGUGGUGUUGGAAUGGUUUCGAAUGCUUGCUCUAGCCAUAUUUCGUACUCCUACUAUGUUGUAUGUGGCUUGUUUUAUGGCUUGGAGCGCUCACUUGGUGGAAGCUGUUGUGGCUUAUCGAAUAUGCAUACAGUUAGGAGGUGGAAGAGAUAUGUGGAAGUGGACUAUCCAAACUUUUUGUAUAGGAUAUCCUUCCCUUCGUUUGUUGCAAAUAGAACAAAGGAAACGAAAGAGAAACACCUAAGUCACCACCUGGGUGAUUUAUUUUGCUGGAGUUUUGGAAAUGGGGAGGUGCUGAAUAUAUGUACAUAUAUAUAUAUAUAUAUAUAUAUAUACGAUGAUGUAUGUGUGUCG